AUGCCAUUCUCAAAUUCAGACCCCUAUCAUGCCCGUGGCUAUCCUCCACGAAUGCAUUCGCCAUCUUCGUCCUCUAUGGGCCGAGCCUCUUCCCCUCACUCGUCUCUUCAUCGCCCACAUCCGUAUCGCCGGUCUCCCAAUUUGCACUCUACCACUGCGACCCCCCAACCAGAACAACAACACCCACGCAUAACGCUUCCCCCGCCCAACCUCGGCGGCGGCGCGUUCAAGUUCUCCUCCACCUACGACGCCCCCUCUCCACGCGAGCGCGAGUAUCCUCCCCUCACGCACGACCAAUCCUGGCGGUCGCCAGUGACGACGGCAGGACGUCCCGUAUCGAGUGGGAGUGUAGGUGAUCGUUCGCGCACACCUAGUCAGCGACUAGCAGGGGAAGGGCGGGCGCCACUGCAUUUACCGCCACUGCAUUCGAUAUCGGGUGGUACGAGUCGUUCAGGGGAAACAUCACCGAAUUCUGUGGCGCCCACAAUGUAUCUUCCCCCGCGGGAAGCCGCAUCAUCAUCAUCCACUCACAUCAGCCCCCCAUCGCGCCCGCCGCCGCCGCCACAUCCUUAUGUCGAUUACGAACCGGCAUACCCUCCCCGCCCGCAGCAUGCGCACGCGCACGAACUGCAUCAGCGGCAUGAUCCCGGGUCAAUAUAUCGCGCCGAAGAACGGUAUCGCGAUGAAAUGUAUGAGCGCGGUAACCCGCCUGCUUUCCCUCAACAUCCUCACGCGAGUCGAACGCACAUGUAUGACCCCCCGUCGCCUCUCCGCCAAGUCCACCACCCGCUACCCGGGAUGACACAACUGCAGUUCCCACUCCCGGGAUAUUAUGGCGGACCGCCGCCGGAUGCGGCUAUGAGCAUGAGCAUGGGGAGACAGAGAAGUCAUUCAUCCGCACCGGGCUCCUCGAGGCUGACGACGGGGGAUGAAGAAGGGGGCAGGGAGAAUGCAGCAGGACAGAGCAGGCGUGUGGCGCAUCUCAUGUCUGAACAAAAACGGAGAGAAUCGAUCAACUCUGGUUUCCAGGCGCUGCGGACGACAGUCCCGACGACGAGCGCUACAGAUUCCAAAGCUAUCAUCCUCAAAAAAGCUGUAGCCCACAUCAACCACAUGGAGGGGCUGCUCAAGCGACACAAUAUCGAAUUUACGCCCGGCGAGGCGUGGGAGGAUGCUGAGGGUAAAAAAGGUCAGUGA